AUGCCGAAGAAUAAGGGAAAGGGUGGUAAAAACAGGCGUAGAGGAAAGAACGAAAACGACAGGGAGAAGCGCGAGCUGACCUUCAAGGAAGAUGGCCAAGAAUAUGCGCAAGUUACAAAGAUGUUGGGAAAUGGUCGUUUAGAAGCCUUAUGUUUUGACGGCGAGAAGCGUUUAGCCCAUAUUCGUGGAAAGCUUCGAAAGAAGGUCUGGAUCAACCAAGGAGAUAUCAUCCUGCUGUCACUUCGUGAUUACCAGGACGAGAAGGGAGACGUUAUCUUAAAGUACACUGCGGACGAGGCUCGUUCGCUCAAGGUUUACGGCGAACUUCCCGAAAAUGCCAAGAUCAACGAGACCGAUACCUAUGGCCACGAGGGUGGGGACGAAUGCAAUUUCGAGUUCGACGUCGAAGCUGGCGACAUCGAUAUCGAUGCUGUUUAA